AUGACCACCAAGCACGAAAUUGAUGUCGAGGGCGACCUCAUACUCACUCUAAGCCGUAUAAGCUUUGACGAGGCCGAAGACGGUGAUGAGACGCUGCAAAAUGACGAAUUAAAAGUAUCGUCAAAAGUUCUGCAACUGAACUCGCCCGUUUUUAAAGCCAUGCUAGGCGGGAAAUUUAAAGAAGGCACCGAACUCGCUGAGAAAUCGGCCAGUUCAGCACCUUACGAGUUGGAGCUGCCAGAUGACGACGUUGACGCUAUGUCAAUCCUCUGCCAAAUCCUGCAUAACGUCUACGUCCCCGAAAGUCCGAGGCCUUUAUCGUUAGAGAAGCUUGCGUACAUAUGCGACAAGUACGAGUGCAUAAACGCCCUGAAAUACUGCGGCAUCGUGUGGAUCAGAGACUGGCUUUCGCAGUUCGACGACGAGGUGCCGCACAUGAGCGACUUUUGCCAUCUGUUGAUUUUUGCCUAUGUGAUCGACCUUCCGGUAGAGUUCUCAGAAAUCUCGUGGCGCAUAUUUCUAUAUCACGAGGGACCUUUUUCAACGGCAUCAGACCAAGUCAAGAUGCUGGUGGACCAUCCUCUUUUGAGACACGACAUUAUCAGUAGGUUUAGAUCCUUGGAGAAUGAAGUCGACGAUACUUACUUGUCAUCUUCAGGUUGCCUUGAAACUAAAAGACAUGAAGCCUGCAACUCGUUCUAUAAGGGGGUCAUGAACCCCAUGAUGUGGGAUUGGGACACAUCGGACAACGUGUGCUCGAGAGCAUCAAAGGCUCUCGGAUAUUACGUUGAAACGCUGCACAAGUCUGACAUUCUACCGAGGGAUAUUGACUUUUCAAAGCACAAAUUUUGCAACCUCUUAGAUACGGCCGUUAGCCUCCCCAAAAUCACGAUGAAGGACUUUCCUUGUAUGAGGGAAGUUGGUGUUUGCCAAUGCCGGUCGAAUCGAUAUUUUAGCCGUAAUCUGGGUGGCGAAAUUGAGAAGGAAGCGAGGAAGAUCAUUCAGCAGAGGCGGGUAUUUAAUUGUCUGGAUUGUUUAAAGUCACAAGGCGUCUCAGGAAAGGAGGAGUCGUGUAGAGUGCCUCAUUUCUAG